UUUUUUUCAGAUAAAGGUCUUUGAAUUAAAUAAAAUGACAGCAGAGUUAAGCAUACUUUACCGAUGCGUAAAUUUGCCAAUGGUCUAUACGACACUUAAAAUGUUUAUUUUCUCUCGCACGAAGAUCUGCUUUAUGUUCUUAUACGUGGUAAGGCAACGAGACAAGAAGUGCGCUGCCAUCAAGUAACAAAGGAAACACACCUAAAUGUUUUGAUGUUUAUUGAGAGACCUGCGUAAAAUAGCAUCAAGAACGAAGUUGUAUCCAUGAGUAACAGGGACAGUUGUCGCUUUGCAUGCACGGUGCACUUACUAUUUGACUAUUUGAGACAUUUUUCUUCUUUCACGAGUAUGCGAGUGUGUAGUAGGCAAGGUUGUAACAUUAGAAGACAGUCGUCUGCAAAAUUUAUGUUCCAUAACAUACUUCAGUGUCCUUUAUUCUGUCCCCCCUAUAGAAUUUCAGUAAAAUCUUGCACAUGUUUCCCACACAAUGCAUCCAGGCCAAGGUUGCAAUGGAGCCUUGAUAUGUAACAAUGCUUUACGCUUAUUCACUGUGCAGCAAACGAACAUAAGCGGUGGGCCAUUCGCCGUGCCAGUUGAAGUCCAGCUAGCGAGCGCUUACCAUCAUGGACUGCAGUUUACUCCUAAUCGUGUCGUUGGGCCUGGUGGCCGUGGUGCUGUUCCUUUGGUGGAAGGGCAUCGUUCACCACGGCAGGAUUCUUCCACCGGGUCCCACGAGCAUCAGUGUCUUGAAGGACACGCUGAAGGCUCUGAAGGAAGGCAACCUUCACCACCUGGCCGAGAACUGGGCCAAGCAGUAUGGCGACCUUGUACUGUGCAGGACCGUCAUUGGCGACCUCUGCUUCCUUAACUCGGCGCAUCUCGUGCGUGAGGUUUUCGAUGGGAAGAAGACGGAAAACGUCACCAACGACCGUCCUUCCACUUUCGUGGGUUCGUACGUGUACUACAACUACAGCGACGUAGCCUUCGGCGGACCAGCGCGAAGUCGACACUGGCACAAGCUGCGGAAGCUGCUACACUCUGCCAUCAAGUUUUACGGUGAUGGCGUAGAGAGGCUGGAGAGCGCCUUACAGGCGGAACUUGCGCGGCUGGUCCAGUCCGUGGAGGCCAGAGUUGAGGGGUCAGUAAGUCGCGAUGCCAUAGAGAAGACAUGCCAGUUGGAGAUGCACAGCUUCUACUCCCGCUCUCUGCAACGCAUUCUGACUGCGGUGCUUACAGGUGAAGCCCCUGAACACGACUGCGAGCUGCCGGCCCUGUUGGGGCAGUUCGUGGAGGCAGCUGACAAGGGCAUCACUCCCACGACGGACUCUGCUCUUCGUUUGUUUCCUUUUCUGCGCUUCCUUCCCGGGUCUUACUAUAGGCAGCUCUGCGGAAACCUGCAGACACUAAGAGAUGCUUUAAUCAGCGGGCUGCUGGACAAGGCGCAGGCGACUCGCGUGCCAGGACAGCCCAGAGGGAUAGUAGACGUCCUGCUUGAUGAGCAGAAGAAGGAGGGCAACGACUGGCUCAAUGAUGACAACAUCCGGGGAAUCCUCCUCAAUAUCGUCGGGGGCGCUUACAUUACCUCCCUGGAGACGCUGAAGACCUUGUUCUUUUUCCUCGUCCACAAUCCGGGGGUGGCUGCCAACAUCCAGCGUGAGAUCGACCACAACAUUGGGCAACGACAGCCAGGUCUUGCUGACAGAGAGAACCUGCCCUACACUGAAGCCGCCGUCUUGGAAACUCUCCGGUUAUCUUCAUUUGUCCCGUUAGGAGCGGUGCACGUGGCGACAGGGGAGUUCACUGUUAACGGAAUGCAAAUUCCAAAGGGUUCCGUUUUGUUCCAAAACUUGUGGGUGAUGAACCGUGACCCAAAUGUGUGGGGGGAUUCCGAGAACUUUCGCCCAGAGCGCUUCCUUGACGACGAAGGCCAGCUCUUGUCUGCUUUGCACCCCAUACGUCAAAGCUUUCUUCCGUUUGGGGUUGGCAAGCGGAGCUGCCCAGGAGAACACUUCGCACGUUCUCGGGUGUUUCUAUACGUCACUACCCUGCUGCAGAAGUUCGAUUUCCUGCCGCCGACGGACCGAAAGUUACUGCCUUGGACCCGCGACUCGUGGACAGACGCUGCUGUCCUGCAGCUGAAGCCUUACCAGCUGACCGUCAGACAGCGCUCUUAGUGAUCCCCUAAUUUUUGUUUGUUUUGUGCAUGACCUGAAAGUUUCAAACCCAUUUUCAGUCUGCUCGUGUACCCUUGUAAGAAGAUAUACCUCACAGACAUGAUUCUUGAGUUAGAAAAGCCCAGAGUACUUUGCUAUGCAAGCCUAAGACAAGUGUAUAUUUUGGAUCAUUAUUUGUAGGCUAUAUUGCUUAGAUUCAAAUUUAUAUGAGAGGGACUCGACACAGGUGUGGCAUUUACUCGUUACUUUUCGUCUGCUACUUCCCUCGUCAUGUACUCUUUUGCACUAUCCAGGUCCUAGCAACAUCUCAAAACGAUAUUACCAAGAGUUGCAAUCUCUCAAAUACGUACACUGAAUCAAGAGAUUGUAUUAUAAACUGAAAAAUAUUUAUCACCUUUAUUUACACAAAGUCGCCGGCACACCUGUAUCAAUAGAUGCCUAAGGCAGUAAAGUCUUUAGAAUGUUGUGGCUUCGUCUUCAACAAAUUGCACGUUAUUUGCAAGACCAUAAAAGAUUGUGAACACUUGUUUUGCUACCAUCACUAUACUGUGUUUAAGCAAUUGUUAUUGUGCCUUGACAUGCCUGUACCCAACAUCCAAAAUUUCUUAUGUCAUUUUGUAUCAUGUCCUCGAGUUUUCGUACAAAAAAAUAAAGU